UCUCCCAAGUCCUGCGAGUUCACAUGCAGCAGCCAAAACACUGAACAGGAUAAACAAAGAACACCGAAAAGACAGGGAAAAAAACAAAGCAAGAAUAAUACUAAUGUUAUUCUAACUCUAGUAUAAAGGGCCUCUUUUGGGAGCAGUAGCAAAGUGUGAGAAUGGGUAAGAGUACGUGAACUUUGUCUACUCUAAGGUCUAGACAAAAUGAUAGAGGUUUAAAGUAGAUGGAUGGCCAUAGCAGCACUUCUGACCACUUCAACUCUGCUGGAAGUAUUUGGAAUUGAUGUUGCAAGUUCCACGUUUGUAAGUAGCAUAGGGAGAGGAGACUGCCUCCACGCUAAGAGGUCUGUGUCUUUUAGAGCAUCUAAACUGCAACGAUUGUGGUUUUGUUGCUUUGUGAACCCAUUUCUAGACAAUACAUGCAAUGUCUGGCAAAAUGACUGUGUAUGUGUGAGCAGGAAACAGAGACGGUUUCAGAGCGAGAGAGUGAGGGAGAAACAGAGCGGUAUUGUAUGUGCGUAUGAGAGAAGAGAGUUAGUUAGAGGGAAAGAGAGAGGGUAACCAUUUGUGCCUGGGAGAGAGGGAACGAAGGAGAGAGACCAUAUAUGUACUGUAUGUCUAUAUGUGAGUAUUUGAAAUGGGGGGAUGCAUAUGUCUGUGUGAGACAGAAGGAGAGGAGGGAGAGAACGUAUAUCCUCUGGCCCUUGGCGAGUGUGCGUGAGGCUGAAUGGGAGCCAGGAAAAGGGGAAGGGCCUCGUGUCCGCUGACAAAAACAGCUGCCUGAGAGUACACAGGAAAACAGUGUCUGGUAGAGUAUAGGGAGCAGGGGACAGGGAAAGAGAGGACAGGAGAGAAAGAGAGCACCAGGGCCCACAUCUCUAUAUGGGUUGCGCCCUGAGUGCGGAGCCUUGCUGUGGGGAGGAAGCGGAGCCUGUGCCCUUAGUGAGAGGGUCACUGAAGCGCCGAGGUCCAGAGAGAUCCAACAGCGUCAAGAUGAAGCUGACCAAGACGGGCAAGGAAGAGCCCCAUGUCUUCAAGGAGAAGACUUUUAGGAAGAGGCGUCAGUGUGGGGUGUGUCGUCAGAGUGUGGACAGCACAGGGUCCUUCUGUCGAGUGUGUAAAACAGCCACUCACAAGAAAUGCGAGGCAAAGGUGACCACAGCAUGCAUCCCAGCUCCAUCUGAUCUGCAGCGCAGAGGGACAGCUCCAUCCCGACACGUCCAACACCUGGGUUCCACAAAGUCUCUGACUUACACCAAACAGAGGACCACCCUCCCCAGGAGUUUCAGUGUGGACCGUGUGAUGGAAAGAGUCAUGGAGGGCCACUAUGACUUUGACCUGACCUACAUCACUGAGAGGAUCAUCUCUGUGUUCUUCCCCCCUCUGCUGGACGAGCAGCGCUACCGUCUCAACCUCAAGGAGGUGACUGCCAUGCUCAGGUCCAAGCACCAGGACAAGUUCCUGCUCUUCAAUCUCUCCGAACGACGCCAUGACAUCACGCGCAUGAAUCCAAAGGUCCAUGACUUCGGCUGGCCUGACCUCCAUGCCCCUCCCCUGGACAAGAUCUGUGCCAUGUGUAAGGCCAUGGAGACCUGGCUGACCUCCGACCCCCAGCAUGUGGUAGUCUUGCACUGCAAGGGCAACAAGGGCAAGACAGGAGUGAUUAUUGCAGCCUACAUGCACUACAGCAAGAUCUCUGCAGGGGCAGACCAGGCCCUUAGCACACUGGCCAUGAGGAAGUUCUGUGAGGAUAAAGUCUCGUCCUCCCUCCAACCGUCCCAAAACAGGUAUAUCUACUACUUUGGGGGGCUCCUCUCUGGGGCGAUCAAGAUGAACAGCAACCCACUGUUCCUCCACCAGGUCCUCAUCCCCACACUCCCUAACUUCCAGGGCGAAGGAGGUUACUUUCCCUUCCUGAAGAUCUACCAGUCCAUGCAGCUGGUCUACACCUCAGGGAUAUAUGACUUGCAGGGUUCCGGGGGCCGAAGACUGUGUGUGACCAUUGAGCCUGCAUUGCUGCUGAAGGGAGACAUCAUGGUGAAGUGUUACCACAGACGGGCCCAGAGUGCAGAGAGGGACACAGUGUUCAGACUGCAGUUCCACACCUGCACCAUCCACGGGGCACAGCUGUGGUUCGGCAAGGGGGAGCUGGAUGAGGCCUGUACUGAUGAACGAUUUCCCUCGGAUGCAACUGUAGAGUUUGUCUUUUCCUCUGGACCAGAGAAGAUCAAAGGGCGUGAGUACCAGAGGAAUGACCCUGCUGUCACAGUGGACUACAACACAGCUGACCCAGUGGUGCGCUGGGACUCCUAUGAGAACUUCAACCAGCGCUACCAGGACAGUCUAGAAGACAUAGCCCACACCAGGGGUCCAGUGGAUGGCAGUCUGUACGCCCAGAUAAAGAAACGUCGUUCAGGCCCAGGUUCAGGCUCCCUGACCUCCACCAAUGGGAGUCCAGCAGGCACCAGUGAGGAGAGGCCGAGUCAGAACCAGCUCCUCUCCCCUAGCUCUGACUCUCUCAAUCACUCCGGCCUCACUAGCCACUCCGGCCACUCUACGGCCCACCCAGAGCAUCCAGAAGAGCCCAGAAGGCCCCCGCCCCCCACUCGGCAGGAGAGGGAGGAGCUGGAGCGCCUGCUGGGGGGCAUCGAGGGGGAAAGGGACGACCGAGACAGGGAGAGGGAGACUGCCAUCCUGGAUGACGGGGACUCGUCCUCUCCCUCUGAGCGUACAGGUACCCUGAGGCUGGGCCGCUCCUGUUCCUGCCGGGUGGGCUACCGCUCCCAGCACUGUGCCGAGCCCGGUUGUGACCGACUCCACCUCAUGUCCAACAGCUACUGCCUGGACAGAGCCCCGGGCACCAAUGGUCAUCCUGGGGCACCGCCCUCGGCUAACCCUGCCACCGCCCCGUCACACAUGGACCUGUGCCAGCACUACAGUCCGCACCCUCACCCGGCCCUGCCUCCCCCUGACCUGGUGUGGGACCGCCAGCAGGGCCCGCCACAUUACCUGCACCGCUCCUGCUCUGAGGGACCCUCUCAUCACCCCUCUCUGUGCCCCUAUCCAUCCCAGGAGCUGACCCCUCACCCCCACUCCCACACCCUUCCUCCCGGGCGCCUGCUCUGUAGAAGUGAUGACUAUGGUCCGUACCAUCACCCUCCCUCACACACCCAUCACCACCCUCACCACACCAAGUCCUCCGGCCCCUACCACGACAUGCUGCUGCUGGACGGUCUGCCACCCCCUGGCUGUCCCUGCCGGGACUGCCUCAUCAGGAGGGAGGACUCAGCCUUCCGCGGUCUGCGGCUGGAGCGAGGGGAGAGCUUCCACUGGGACAGAGAGGCAGAGCUGCAGCAUCGUGAAGCAGGGCUGAGGAGGGGGAGGGAGUCUGAGCUGCCCAGGGGGGUAGAGAUGCAUUGGGAGAGGGAGGCAAUGGGACUGAGAAGAGGCAGGGAGAUGUCACUGCAUUGGGACAGGGAGGCAGAGCUCCAAUGGGAGAGAGAGAGAGAGGCAGACUAUUGGCACAGGAGGGCCACAGUGUCUUCCUAUGGGCCCCAGGGACACGAGCUCCCUGCCUUCACUUUUGACCCCCUGCCGUCAGGCCACCCUGCGUACCCAGAGCCGUCUCGCUCCCACGCCCACUCCCACCUGGAUCUGAAGUACAGCAGCAGCAGCAGUGGCUACCAGACCCCCCACCAGGCCUACCCCUGCUCCCCCUACCAGCCUUCCCCCUCUGAAAGUAGGGGCUAUGCCUCAGGCUACCAGUCUGAGUCUACCUCCCCUCUGCCCCCUCCUUCCACCCUGUCAGGCCCCUGCAGCCACACCACAGGGCCAGCAGACCACCACCCUGAAGCCCACCCUCAGCAGUACCUCUCCGACAGCCAGACAGAUGGAAGGGGGAUGAGUGAGAAUGUGGGUUGGAGAGACCACAUCUCCCAGGGUUCCUUCAAGAGGAUGCAUCGAGAUGUCCAUGUCCCGUGUUCCACGCCUUAUGACCGCUCUGGGCCACCCACUCCUGUUCAUACCAGCAGCCCUCUGCGCACACAAGAAAGGCCCAGUCUAGGUGUACAAGGGAAUGAAGUUCGAUCGACUGACAUAGUCAACAGUGACUUUGAAUCUGCCCAGUUCCAGGAUAGGCCCGAUAGUACUGCUGCUCAAGUAUCUCAGCUCAACCAGCAACACAUCCCUGACCCCUCACAGUCUUCAUCCGUGACACCCACACCUUCCCCUACCCAACACAACAGCCACUGCACCACACCGACACAUCCACCCUCACCCAACCAGCCCCAGCCCCAGAACGACUGUACCACACUCUCACCUACAACCAGCCAACCCAGCAACCACUGCCUCCCCGUAUCACCCACUCAGGCCCCCCCUGGGAAAGUUAGCCCACCUGGUCCAGAGACAACCCUUCCUACAGAGACUGCUGCACUGCCUCCUCUUGCCCAGCACCAGCCACCCCUUGCCCAGCACCAGCCACCCAACCCCAACCCUGCAGCUGGCACAACGGGACCCUGCCCAGCUCAGGGCCAGCUGAAUGGAGCAUGUCCACCCAGGGAGCUGAACCCAGAGGUCCCUAAAUCCAUCUCCACCCCCACUAAGGCCCCUUCCUCCCCCCAGCCUCUCAUCAGCAGUCUGGAGGGCUCCCCCUCCUCAGAACCUCCUGUGCCUGGCUUCGCCACCCUGGGCCGGAGGCUUAUGCUGGGCACUGAGUCCCCAGGACCCCUGCAGCAUUACCCUGGCAUGGAGGGCAGUGCCAGUGGGCACUCUUCAGCCCCUGAGGGACAUGACACCCCCACCUUCCCCACCUCUGCCACUGGCUGCUGUGCCCAAUCUGCCCCCCAUGUGCCAUACUCGGGCUACACUGUCACCAUCCCCCAGCCCCCACUCCCAGAGAAACGGCGACAGUCUGCCCGGCCAGGAUCACCUAACGGCGGGGUGGGUACACUGAGGCCCUCCCUCUCACAGCACCAUGUCACCUUCUCUCCAAUGGUGGGGGAGAUGGCACCUCCUGCAGGCCAAGGAGAAGGAAUUAUAUCUCUGGAAGGAGAGAUGGCAGGCAGAGUCAGUGUUAAGUUUGUCCAGGACAGCUCACGCUUCUGGUACAAGCCUGGCAUCUCCAGGGACCAAGCCAUAGCUGCGCUGAAGGAGAGAGAACCAGGGGCGUUUCUUAUCCGGGACAGCAACUCCUUCCAGGGUGCCUAUGGCCUGGCACUGAAGGUGGCCAUCCCGCCCGCUAACGUCAACAACCACAGCAGCAAAGCCAAUCCAUUAGAGCAGCUGGUGCGACACUUCCUGAUUGAGACGGGCCCCCGUGGAGUGAAGAUUAAAGGGUGUCAGAAUGAGCCCCAUUUUGGGAGUUUGUCUGCAUUGGUGUACCAGCACUCCAUCACCCCCAUUUCUCUACCCUGUUCCCUACGGAUCCCAGAAAAAGAUCCCAUUGGAGAAAUGCAGGCACUGCAGUCGACUGCCAGUAACAUGAGCACUGCUGCCGACCUGCUGAAACAGGGUGCAGCCUGCAACGUGCUCUACCUGAAUUCUGUGGAGACUGAGUCACUGACUGGACCACAGGCCAUCUCCAAGGCAACCGGAGCCACGCUGGCACGAAACCCCCAGCCAGCGGCCACAGUGGUCCACUUUAAAGUGUCUUCACAGGGUAUCACAUUGACUGACAGCCAGCGCAGGGUGUUCUUCAGGAGACACUACCCAGUCAACAGUGUGACUUUCAGCAGUAUUGACCCCCAGGACAGGAGGUGGACUAAUUCAGACAGAACAACAUCUAAGGUGUUUGGGUUUGUAGCCAAGAAGCCAGGCAGCAUGGCAGAAAACGUGUGUCAUCUGUUUGCUGAGCUCGACCCGGAGCAGCCAGCCUCUGCCAUUGUCAACUUCAUCAACAAGGUGAUGUUAGGGCCGCAGCGCAGGUAGAGAACCAAGCCAAAGUCCCGUCACCGGUGUUACACUGUCAACAGUGUUACAACUCCCAAAGAGGAGGCUUCAAAACAAAUGCUUUACAGACCCACAAAGCACCAUUGGCGGUGGCCUCUUCUUAAAGACUGAGUUUUGGAACCAAAAGGCUCAACAUUUCAAACAUGACUGGCAUUUUGAAUUACCGUAAUUGCUGGACUAUUAAGCGCACCUGAAUAUAAACCGCACCCACUGAAUUAUUAAAAAAUAUGUAUUUUGUACAUAAAUAAGCCGCACAUGUCUAUAAGCCGCAGGUGCCUACCGGUACAUUGAAACAAAUGAACUUUACACAGCCUUUAAACGAAACACGGCUUGUAACAAAAAUUAAACAGUGGCCUACCAAGAAAGUCAUUGGUCACUAUCUUCCUCCUCCUGUGCACUGAAACUUCUGAAGCCAUCUCCUUCGGUGUCGGGGUUGAAUAGCCUCAGAAUUGCUUCAUCCGAUGCUGGAUCGUUUUCAUUGUCGCUCUCGUCACUUUCAUCCGGAGGCAAAUACCCCGCUGAGCUCAUGCUGCCCCUUCAACACGCAGCAGUCCAGCCUUUCAAAACCCGUUGAGGCUAGUGGAUUUUUUGACAAUGCUCCAUGCUGUCAGGACCCACUGGCAGACUUGACCAUAAGUUGCUCUUCGCAUGCGGCCCGUUUUAGUGCAGGAUUUCUCCCCACUUGUCAUCCAAGGAGCGCCACCUUAAAUGCACGAUUUACACUGAUGUCGAGUGGCUGCAAAUACUUUGGGCCAUCUGCUUUUCUUCCCUCUGAAAGCUGUUGUUGUCUUUUUGCACUGAGUCAGUUCCUCACUCUGCUUUCCAACGUCUUAUCAUCGACUCAUUAAGGCCAAGCUCCCGUGCAGCAGCUCUAUUUCCUUUUCCAACAGCCAGAUCGAUCGCCUUCAGCUUGAAAGCUGCAUCAUAUGCAUUUCUCCGUGUCUUUGCCAUGAUGAGGGUGACAAAAUUACUACCGUAAUCAGAAUGAUGGGAAGUUUGAGCGCGCUCGAUUUACGUCACAUUAUGUGACGGUGCUCAGUUUUUUGGCGGCAUGAAUCUUGUGAAAGCGGGAAAAAUCCAUAAAUUAGCCGCGUCAUUGUAUAAACCGCGAGGUUCAAAGCGUGGGAAUAAAGUAGCGGCUUAUAGUCCGGAAAUUACGGUAUAGUCCAAAUGUAUUAGUUGUUUAAAUGUCUAAUGUCUAAAAAUGCCUUAAAGGUCCAAUGCAGCCAUUAUUUUUGUUAUCUCAAUAUCAAAUAAUUUCUGGGUAACAAUUAAGUACCUUAUUGUAAUUGUUUUCAAUUAAAAUUGUUUAAAAAAAAUACAAAAUUCUCAGCAAAGAGCAAUUUCUCAAGCAACAAUUUUGCUAGAACUGUCUGUGAGUGGUCUAAGCUGAAAACUGAAAAACUAGCUGUUAUUGGCAGAGAGGUUUGGAACUCUUAUUUGUCUAUUAACAAAUUAAUCGCCUUGUGAUGUCACCAGGCAGGCGGAUAUUUCAGGCGGUCCUUUCAAACAGCUCUUAAACUAAAAAGGCAUUUAUCAUUUUCACAGUAUUAUGCCAACCUCAGUGUGGAAAUACAUAUAAAACACAGGAAACCUAGUUUUUAACAGCACUGGGCCUUUAAUUUCCUAUUACCUUAAAGUUACCAAAGCCUUGUCGUCACUUGCUAGUAGGCUACAGUAGAAAGUAAAAGUGAAUGUGAGAAACGUCUAUUUGUAAUGUGCAAGGGAGAGAGGGUAUGUUGUUAGGGUAUCAGUGUGUGUAGAGGCUAGGGCACAGAUAUGGUCAGUACUAGAGAUAAUGGGGUAUUGUUAUGUUUUGUUCACAUGUACGUUCGUAUGAAUUGUACUCUAGAAAGAAAAGUUUGUAGUAACCAAGGAAUAAUGGUGGGCCGCACCAAUGCCGUCUCUUAAUGUAUUGUAUUUAUACCUAUGGCUUUUCCUGUUAAGAGCAAUACACAAUAUUGCUGCAAAUAGUCAUUUUGUUCUAUUCCACAAUUUUUUUGUGGGUCAAUUAUCUAGAAUAUGGGGCAAAUACUAGUCCUUAUUAUACUGUAUAACAUUGAGAAAUGUAUUCAAACGUUAAAAACAAGACAAGAAUAAGUCACAAUAUCAAUGUAACUCCCACAUAUAUUUUUACCUGUAUGACUUUAUGUACAAAGUUAACACACAAAGCAGCCAGUUGUCUAAGGUCCUAUGUACUUAACCAAAGACAGAGCACUCCUGUAUUAAGAUGUAAUCGUUCAUAUUUUUAAGCUUCAUGUAUUUGUAUUCUUAGUGUUUUGCAUUGUUUUUGUAAGAAAUAGAAAGACACUACUUUGUAUGACAGCGGUAAUAUAUUGUGGUCUGUUUUCUUAUCGAUCUUUAUAUGUAGUAAUAUAUUUUCUCACAUGCAGCUAGGAAAGGGAGGACAAAAGGAAACAUUUGUAAGAAAAUCUAUGUUAUAUGCUAUUUUUUAAGAAAGCUUUGUAUGCACAAAUGAAGAAUAUAAUAAAACAUUUUUAAAAGUUAAAA